AUGAAGUCCGGAGGUUCUUCAAGCAGCCAAAUUUCUGCCCUUGUUGUUGAUGAUGAUUUUGUCAUUCGUCAAAUUCACUCUGCAAUGUUGAAGUCAUUCGGAGUGGAUGUUCAACUCGCGGUAAAUGGAAAAGAAGCAGUUGAUCUUUUCCGUUCUGGGACAAAUGUUCAUAUCGUUUUUAUGGAUAUGGAUAUGCCUGUGAUGAAUGGAAUCAUGGCCACAAGGGAGCUACGAGCAAUGGGCGUGAACACUAUGAUCGUAGGCGUGAGUUCUCGCUAUUUAGAUGAGGACAGGGAGAGGUUUAUGUCGGCCGGUUUGAACCGAUUUUAUGAGAAGCCUUUGACCAUGACGGAUAUCAGGUCUCUUCUCGAUGAAAUGCAGGGUUAAAUCAAGCAACAAGAAUACAAAACCACAAGAUCCAAGAGCUCAAUUAACUCAUUUCUAGAUGUGGGUCAUCAGUGGUUCUUUCUCAUUGAUGAAAUGCUUCAGCUGAAGCUUGUUUUGUGUGGCCUUUGACAUGAAUAAAG